UAAAAUUUACCACUUGAAAUGAAACUGAAUUGUAAAGGAAUAAAACGGUUGAUUUUUGUUUCUGCUCAUUUGUCGGUAUAGAUACUUUAGCUGCUUCAACCACUCUAAUUACUGAAUGAAUAAAAGAGGUCCCAUCUUAUCACAUGCUAGAUGAAGAGUCUAUGAAUUCAUUCAUAUACAACUACCACUCUCGCAGUGCAGAGCCUGUGAGAGAAACCACUUCACCAUGGAAGAAGAAGGCCAACCUAUAAGAUGUAAAGCCGCGGUUGUAAGAAAACCUGGUGAGCCAUUGGUGAUUGAAGAGAUCAUUGUGGCACCACCAAUGGCUCGCGAGGUCAGGAUUCGUGUUCUGUGUUCAUCGAUCUGCCAUAUCGAUCUCGCUUUUUCCAACAUGAAGGACCUUCCGGGCAUUUUCCCGAGAAUUCUUGGUCAUGAGGCAGCUGGGGUUGUAGAAAGUGUAGGGAAGGACGUAACUGAAGUUACAGAAGGAGAUGUUGUUAUUCCGAUUUUCCUACCAGAUUGUGGAGAGUGUAUAGAUUGCAAAUCAACCAAGAGCAACCUCUGUACUAAUUUCCCUUUCAAGGUUUCCCCUUGGAUGCCAAGACACGGUGCUUCAAGAUUCACCGACUCAAAUGGAGAGAUCAUAUAUCAUUUCAUGAAUGUCUCAAGUUAUAGCGAGUACACUGUGGUCGACAUUGCCAAUGUAACAAAGAUUGACCGAGAAGUUCCUCCCGAAAGGGCGUGCCUUCUUAGUUGUGGUAUAGGAGCAGGAGUAGGUGCUGCUUGGAGAACUGCAGGUGUGGAGCCAGGGUCUACGGUAGCUAUUUUUGGGAUGGGAUCUAUUGGACUAGCGGUUGCUGAGGGUGCUAGACUUUGUGGAGCAACUAAGGUUAUAGGUGUAGAUGUCAACCCAGAAAAAUUUGAAGUUGGUAAAAAGUUUGGGGUCACGGACUUUGUCCAUACUGGAGAAUGUAUGAACAAACCUGUGAGCCAGAUCAUCAUAGAGAUGACUGAUGGGGGAGCGGAUUAUUGCUUUGAAUGUGUCGGUAUGGCGUCAUUAGUGCAUGAAGCAUAUGCUUCUUGCAGAAAGGGUUGGGGAAAAACAAUUGUCUUAGGAUUGGAUAAACCUGGAUCCAAGUUGAGCCUUAGUUCUAGUGAGGUUCUUCAUGAUGGGAAGACCCUUCAGGGAAACUUAUUUGGAGGCCUCAAACCUAAGUCUCAUGUUCCCAUUCUACUCAAGCGAUACAAGGACAAGGAACUUCAGUUGGAUGAAUUUGUCACUCAUGAAGUGGAGUUUAAGGACAUCAAUAAAGCUUUUGAUUUAUUGAGAAAUGGAGAAUGUCUUCGAUGCGUGAUUUGGAUGGACAAAUGAGUAAAUUCUUAUGUAUCCGAGUCCUUGAAUCUUUGUAUGCAAUAAUAACAAUAUUGGAUACUUCUGUUUUCGUUUGUAUUUUAUUAGAACAUUCAAUAAAACAAAGAUGCUAUUCUAUUGCA